AUUUAAUGAUCAUAAUCGUAAAAGGCAAGCUUUCACAAAACAUAUACUACUCUAUUACAUUGAGUUUCAUUUUGGGUACUUGUCCAGCCAGUCGAUAACAGGAGCAAGUCCAGUAGCACUAAUGAAUGCCAUUUUUAUAUACUACUCCGUAUAAAAAGUAUUACAUUGAGUUUCAUUUUCGAAAAAAAAGAGGUAAGUUGUGAGAAAGUAACAAGACAAUAUUGUAUAAUUGUAUAAUUUCAUGGGAUGCGUUUUAGCUUAGUUGUGGCUAAGCAUAACUCCGUAGUUUAUUAGAAUAAGAGAGGCUUUUGGUAUGUAGGAGCGAUUGUACUAGUAAAAUAAAAGCAUCCGCCCUUCAAUGUAAGGGCAAAGGAAGCCAAACAGACCCCUAUAUUUCCGUAACUUUACUUAGGCAUGUUUAUAGUUCGUCUAAUCUGAUCGUUCUUUAAAUAAGUUUCAAAAAAUAAGUCAGUUACGAUGAUCCUCGUUGAUAAAACCACACUGAAAAUGGUGUCCAAGCCCAAUAAACAAAAUGGAGAAAUACAGCGCAAAAUUCCUCUUCUCUUUCACAGUGAUGAUCGUAAUCUUAUCCUCUCUCCUGCAAACCAAAGCGAAAGCAGCCCCAAACACCCCAAUUCCAAAGCUUGAUAAAAAACCCCAAUUCCCAUGUAAAGCACCUCAUAAUUCAUACCCAUUUUGCAACAAAUCUCUUUCAAUCCCAACCAGAUCGCAACAACUAGUCUCUCUUCUCACACUUGAAGAGAAAAUCAGCUUCCUCUGCAACAAUUUCACAGGAAUACCCAGAUUAGGAAUCCCACCUUAUCAAUGGUGGUCUGAAUCCCUCCAUGGAAUCGCCACUAAUGGGCCUGGAAUCAGCUUCAAUGGCCCCGUCAAAUCCGCCACAUUGUUCCCACAAGUUAUCAAUUCCGCUGCUUCGUUUAACCGGAGCUUGUGGUUCGACACCGCCACCGCGAUUGCCGUUGAAGGGAGGGCAAUGUACAAUUCUGGACAAGCCGGGUUGACUUUCUGGGCACCUAAUGUCAAUAUUUUUAGGGACCCCAGAUGGGGAAGAGGCCAGGAGACUCCUGGGGAAGAUCCUUUUCUUGUUUCUUCUUAUGCUCUUGAGUUUGUCAAGGGCUUUCAAGGGGAGUAUUGGGGGGAGAAGAGAGAAUUUGGGAACAAGAGAGUGUUGGAACAAGAUCAUGAUGCUGGCUUGUUGAUGCUUUCUGCAUGUUGUAAGCAUUUUACUGCUUAUGAUCUUGAAAAGUGGGCUAAUUUCACCAGAUAUUCUUUCAACGCUGUGGUAACUGAACAAGAUAUGGAAGACACCUAUGAACCCCCCUUCAAGAGUUGUGUUCAACAAGGUAAAGCAAGCUGCUUGAUGUGCCCUUACAAUAGUAUCAAUGGGGUGCCUGGAUGUGCAAAAGGAGAUCUUUUGCAGAAAGUGCGUAAAGACUGGGGAUUUAAGGGGUAUAUCGCCUCAGAUUGUGAUGCAGUGGCAACAAUUUAUGAAUAUCAGUAUUAUGUUAAAACUCCUGAGGAUGCAGUUGCUGAAGCUCUUAAAGCAGGAGUUGAUAUAAACUGUGGAACAUACAUGCUUUAUAAUACUCAAUCUGCAAUUGGACAAGGAAAGCUUAAGGAGGGAGAUAUUGACCAGGCUCUUAAUAACCUGUUCCCUGUUCUGCUCCGCUUGGGCCUUUUUAACGGGGAUCCUUUAAAUGGAAUGUUUGGAAGAUUGGGAGGCAAAGACGUCUGUACUAAAGAGCACCAGAGACUGGCUCUUGAAGCAGCAAGGCAGGGCAUAGUGCUUCUCAAAAAUGAUAAUUUCUUACCUAUAAACAAGGAUCAUGUAUCUUCAUUAGCCAUCAUUGGUCCUGGUGCAAAUUCUACAAGCUAUCUUGAUCUAGGGGGUGGAUAUUCAGGAUUUCCGUGCAAUGCAAAAUCUUAUGUUGAGGCUUUUCAACCAUACAUCAAGAAGACAAAUUAUGUUAAAGGAUGCUUGGAUGUUGAUUGUGAAUCCAAUUCAAUGUUUGAUGAAGCUGUCCACGUGGCCAAAGUAUCUGAUUAUGUUAUCUUAGUUGUUGGCCUGGAUUUGACCCAAGAAACUGAGGAUAAAGAUCGAGUUACCCUAUUACUUCCUGGAAAACAGAUGGACCUUGUAUCUUUGGUCGCUUCUGUUAGCAACAAACGUAUAAUAUUAGUCCUCACUGGUGGUGGACCACUUGAUGUCUCUUUUGCUGAAGGAGAUUCACGAGUUGCUAGCAUUCUUUGGACUGGGUAUCCUGGUGAAGCCGGUGGCAAAGCUCUCGCUGAAGUAAUCUUUGGUGAUUAUAAUCCAGGCGGAAGAUUGCCAAUGACUUGGUAUCUAGAAUCAUUCACCCAGAUACCUAUGAAUAACAUGAACAUGCGGGCUGAUCCCUCUCGCCUAUAUCCUGGGAGGACCCAUCGGUUUUAUACAGGAGAGGUUGUCUAUGAAUUUGGUUAUGGGUUAAGCUAUACAAAUUACACAUACAAGCUUUUAUCAGCUCCAAAUAAAUUGAAGUUAAUAUUUAAGACUAGCGCUAGUUUGAGAAAAUUGUACGUAACAGAAGUUGGGAUUGGUUAUGUUCCUACAGAUGAGCUUUUAUCUUGCGAUAUUGUAAGGUUUAAUGUGCAGUUAUCUGUAAUGAAUGUCGGGCAUAUGGAUGGGAGCCAUGUUGUAUUGCUUUACUCAAAUGCAGCUAGUAAUAUAGAAGGUGCUCCUAGAAAACAGCUUAUUGGAUUUAGCCGUAUCCAUACUACUGCACAUAGGUCGACAGAUAUGAGCUUCAGUGUUGAUCCUUGUGAGCAUCUUAGCUUUGCAAAUGAGCAUGGACAGAGAAUCUUGCCUCUAGGAGAGCAUAUCUUAAUGAUAGGUGAAUUGAAACACUCAUUGUUGAUUGAUAUAUGAUUGGUAUAAUUCAUUCUUCGUGUAAGGGAUUUAGGGAUCAACUUUGAUCAAAACUAUCUGUUAGAAUAUACGAUGUAUAAAUACUUAUAUAUUCAAUUCACAUAAUGAUAGGUGAAUUGGAGCACUCAUUGUUGGUUGAUACAUGAUUGGUAUAAUUUAUUCAGUAUGGAAUUUAUGGAUCAA